AUGCUCGAAUGGUACAGAAAGAAGGAUCCUAAGGCUGCACUUGUGACUGGUGAAAAUGCUCCAGGGAAUAAUCAAAUGAGUAGUCCAAUGGUUCAGAAAGAUUUGGCUAGGGCUUGUGCAGAGGAGACAAGUGAGUUAAUUAAAAGUGAAAUAGGAGAUCGUUGUUUUGCGGUUCUUGUCGACGAGGCUCGUGAUGCAUCUAUUAAGGAACAAAUGGCUGUGGUUGUGAGGUUUGUCAAUGAUAAAGGAAGUGUGAUUGAGAGGUUUCUUGGCAUUGAACAUGUUUCUGACACCACAUCAACUUCACUAAAAGAAGCAUUGGAUACUAUGCUUAGAAGAUAUGGUCUAUCUAUUUCCAAGAUUAGAGGGCCAGGAUAUGAUGGAGCUUCAAAUAUGAGAGGACAAUUUCAUGGGUUACAAAGAUUGUGCUUCUUGCAAGAGGAAAGAUCAACUCCUUCAAAGUCAUCAUGA